AUGCUGGCAGCACCUCCAGACCCGCCCGACACAGCCACGCCGGCCGCCACCGCCAACACCCGCCGCGGGCCGCCGCCCGAGAGCCCCCACCACCCUCUACGGAGGAGACUGCCGGAGGAGCCACCACACGCAGCAGCCGCGCCGCGCCGCCUCGUGUCGCCGCUGUCCGGCGAGCCUCCGAGCCGCAACAGCCGGAAAAGGGCGCCGAAGCCGGGCCGCCCAGAUCGCGCGCGUAGGAGGGCGCCCCGCCGUCACCGCGCCGCCAGGGCUUUCCCCGACGAUGGCCACAGGUGGCGGCGAGGGCAGGGGAGACAUGGGAGCUUGCGGCUGGCCGGAUCUGGGGCGCUCCGGUGCGGCCCGGCUCAGCCGCACGGGAGUGGAGCGGGGUGCUGA